AUGUUGCGACAUGGCUGCUGGUUGCUGUGGGCUGCAGCCAAUGACCUCCAGCCUACAGCCAUGCUUCUGCAGUGCCAAUACCGCAGCAUCUACAGCCAGGAGCUUCAGUACCUGAACAACAAGCACAGAUACUGUAUCCCCACAGACCAUCUCACAGUGACAUACUGUCAGAGCAGUGGGCCUGGGAGACAGAAUGACAAAGUGAACACGAAAGCGGAGGUGAGGUUCCAUGUGACCACUGUUGACUGGAUCUCGGAAGAUGUGCAAAAUGCUAUCAGUGCCAAGCACCAGAACAGAAUCUAUAGGGACGGACAGCUGAUCGUUACUUCAGAGGUCAGCAGGUACCAGAUGAGAAACUUAGGUUACUGUCUGCAGAAGAUUCAGGACAUUGUAACAGCAUCAAGUGAAAAACCUAAACAGCAAACCAAAGAAGUAACUGAAGUUCAGAGAAUGUGGGUGGAGAGCAAGCCUCAGGAAUAG